AUGGAGUCGAUCACUGUAGCUUUUAAUAAUGUAAAAAUAGAUAAUAAGACAUUAGCCAUGUACAUAUUACAUGUUAUUAGCUAUAAUUCUGUUAACAAGCAGUACUUUAGUAAAUUUCGUUAAAUUACAUGGUGUUCGUAGAAAUAAUUUAUAAAUCGAUUUCGAGGUGCAUGUGGGAUUUGGGUCGAAUUUUAUUUCGGUAGCAUAAAAUCAGUGCCAAAUUUUUCGAGUUAUCUCCGAGCGUUAACUACUUACCAUGUGUGCAUCGUUAUCUGCGAUAACGAGAAUUCAUUAAUACAGAAAAGAUUAACUCUCAAUGAGUAUCUGUACAUCUUUUAUAAAUAAACGUUUUUUUUUUUUAAAUAAUUUUCAAGUAAAUAUUGACACGUAGCCUCACAUGUGAUACUUUAUCUAUAUCGAGUAAAAAUAAUUAUCUCUCAGCCAUAGAUAAAUAACUAGACUGAUAUAAGUGUUAUACAGAAAAGUACAAACCACAAGUUAUAUUUUAAAUUGACUCAAAUAUUUUCAAAUACAAAUUAAUUAUGAUUCUUUUUAUCAUAGUCAUUUGCUAUAGAAAUUAGAUAUUAUUGUAACUUAUAAGAAUUUUAUAAUUAUUGUUAUUAUAUUUAUAGAAAUUUUACAAUAAAAAUUUAAAUAAAAAGAAUUUUCUUUAGUAUUUAUGAUUUGUACGUUAUAUUAUAUCUUACAUAAAUCUUCAACAAAUCGAAUAUUAAUACAAAAUCAAUUAUUUGUGACAGGAAAAAUGGUGAUAUCCAAAACUCAGACAAAUCGUCCUUGGUGGAGUCGAAGAUACUUCCAAAAAUCCAGUCAUCCAAUCAUCUGGAAGAUGAAAAACCAAUGCUAGCGACGAACAAUGCACACAGCGAUCCAGAAAAUGGUGGAAAUAUUAAUGGAAGUGUUGUCAGACAAGUUUUGGCAGCGGUGGUAGCACAACUUGGGACCAUCAACACUGGUAUGACCUUUGGUUUUUCCGCCAUCGCUCUGCCACAGCUUCAAGAACCAAAUAGCACGAUUCCCAUCGUCGAAGGUUCAUCCGAAGAAUCAUGGAUUGCUAGUAUGUCUUCUAUUGGAACUCCCAUCGGAUGCUUGGUGUCUGGAUACAUGAUGGAUGUACUUGGAAGAAAACGAUCUCUUAUCAUUACGGAGAUUCCUGCACUACUUGGAUGGAUAUUAAUUGCAUUUGCAACCGACAUUCGUAUGAUAUACGCUGGACGAUUCUUCGUGGGACUUGGAUCUGGCAUGGUUGGUGCUCCAGCACGCGUUUACACAGGGGAAGUGACUCAACCCCAUUUACGGGGGAUGUUGACCGCUUUUGCAAGUAUCGGAGUCAGCACCGGUGUUCUAAUCGAGUAUUUAUUAGGAAGCGUACUUACAUGGAACGUCUGUGCAGCUAUUAGUGGAAUUUUGCCCCUUGCCGCACUACUGUUGAUGUUUCUAUUUCCUGAAACGCCGUCGUAUCUGAUAUCACGUAGCAGGCCUGAGAAGGCGCGAGAAGCGCUCCAACAGUUUCGUGGCAAUGCGUAUAACAUCAAUCAGGAAAUGGAGACGCUCAUCAAUUUCUCGAAUAAGAACAAUCUCAAGCGAUUGACUGGAUUUCGCGAGAUACUCGACGCUCUUUUAAAGCCUAACGCUGUCAAACCGUUCACUCUGCUGUUUUUGUACUUUUUAAUAUACCAAUGGUCGGGCACAAAUGUCAUAACUUUCUAUGCCGUUGAAAUUUUUCAAGAUUCAGGGACAACAUUAAACAAGUACUUAGCUGCGGUGAUUCUCGGGAUAGUUAGAUUAGCAUCGACCAUUGUCGCUAGUGUCUUGUGUAGAAGAUCUGGACGAAGACCUCUCACGAUGGUCUCUUCUGUUGGUUGUGGACUUUCUAUGAUAGGAUUAGGUGGAUAUUUAUGGCUGAAGAGCUACUGGACUGUGAACAAUUUACCAUUUAUCGCUACUUGGUUCCCUGUUUUAUGUAUAUUUUCAUACACUGUAACUUGCACCCUCGGUUUUCUUGUUAUUCCCUGGGUAAUGAUAGGCGAAGUAUAUCCAACGCAAGUACGUGGUAUUAUCGGAGGUUUAACUACAAUGGCAGCCCACUCGUUUAUCUUUACAGUAGUUAAAACGUACCCGUUUUUAGCUAGCACACUUACUCGGCACGGUACUUUUAUACUUUACGGCUGUAUAUCUUUAUUCGGCACUAUAUAUUUCUAUCUAUGUCUUCCCGAAACUAAGGGUAAAACUCUUCAAGAAAUAGAAGAUUACUUCUCCGGAAGGAACAACGAUUUGAGAACGGGAAGUAUAAUUAGACAUAAGCCAAAGGUACUAGAAGUAAAGAAGGGUCAAAUAUUGCCUUGAAUUACUCGUACAGUUAACAUUUUAAUAAACGUAAAUUAACGAAUCUGUCUUCCACUGGACAAUGACAUAGACAUGGCUAUGCUUUAUUACUACUAAUCAAAGUUAUAAUUCGUAUAUUAUCAAAGAAUAGUUUUAAUUUAACCAACAGAAAUGGUAUUAUAAAUUCGUCUUGCAAUAAGACAUCGGAACUAGCAACGUGAUCAAAAGACUUCGAAAAUCGAUUAAGAUCAAUUAAAUCAUAUAGACUUAAUUUUAUUUCUUAUUUUUAUGUAAAAUAAUUUUAAUUUUCAACAAGUGUAUAUUUAUUAACUAAUUAUGUAAGUAAUUUAAAUAAUUUUUUUAAUAAGAAUAAGCAAUACGAUAUAUUUUUUGUAAGAGUUAUUGACGAUAUGUAAUUUAUUCGUCGAUAAAGAAAAAGGAAAGAAAAAAGACAAAGUAUAUACAAGCUUUACAAAUGUUUCAUUAUACACAUAAAAACGAAAGGUGCUAUUUAUUCUUAUAGUAUUAUAAUAUUUGUAUAUAUGUGAUGAAAAGGACAUGCAGUUAACAAGUUAUGUAUAAGAGACAUUUGUAAAAAAAUAUGGUCUGCAAACUGCAAGUUGAAUGAAACAUUUUUAAUAUAUUUAUUAUGUAGUUUGUAAUUAUAUUCUCUAUGAUCCUCUAUGAUCCUAAUGCUGUUAAAAGAAUGUGUUUAAAAAGUAUAAUGCAUUUUUCAAUUUUUAAAUAUUGAAAUUUUAUUUUGGAAUUUCUACAUAGCGAAAAAAUCAAAAUAAAAUAAUUAUCUAUUCAAACAUUUAAUCACAUUUAAUCAAGCGUUAUACGUGGUCUACGAUAUUUUCUCAUUCGUUUUUGUAUUCGUUGUUGUAUAAAUUUUUUAAUCAUUUCCGCGGGUAAUAUUUCUCCUCUAUAUGAUCCAGGUAAUAUUUCUUUAUCCAGAAUGGCAAGUCUUCCUUCAACAUAUUUUUGAGCAUCAAACAUGUGUGCUUGUUUAAUUUGUGCAAGCAAUUCCGCUUGAAAUGCUUUCUCCUUUGCUACAUUACGGUUUGCUCUCAUUUUUUCCCACACAAACUUCAAUUUUUUGCGCAGUUUCUUUCUUUUAUGUUUCUUCAUUUUUUUUCUUCUAAUAACUAUCGAGCGUAUAGCUAAUUUCUCUAAAGUAUUUUGUGUUGGAGGAAGUUGAAAAGAUGAAUCUAUUAAUGGUAAAUCCUGUUUAAUAGGCUGUUUUAUUAAAGGUUCUUCCAUUGACGGUAUAUAUUUUGAUAAUGGUAUUUCGUUUAUAUUUUUUCUACUAAUAUUGUCUGGAUUUCUAAAAUCUAUAUUGAGUGUUUUUGGCAUAAAUUUAACAUGCGCAUAUGGUAUUAAAGGUGCUACAGUAAAUGCAUUUUUAGAAACGUUAGAAAAAUGUAAAAUAUUAUUACAUUCUUUUAACACAUGGGAAGAACAAUAUCUUGUGAUAAUAUUACCUAAAAUGAUAAUAAUGUUAUUUAUACUAGGUUAUGUUUUUCGUAAUAUAAGACUGUAUAUAAAAAUUUAUACAUUUUACAUACUUUCCCUGCUUAUUGUUAUUUGUCGAAAUGCUGCACACAGUCUACUAAUAGCCAUUAUAAUUUUUUUUAUGUAUAAUAUAUACUUUUACACAUAAUUUUACGUAUAUUCUAAUCAAAUUGUUAAAAUGUUACGUAUUAAACUCGAAGCAUUGACCGAAUGGAAACAUAACCUUAUUUAUGUAGUUAAAAAAAAAAACGUAGCGAUGAAUAGUUUUAGAAAAAACCAAUAAUUAUAGGAAUAUAGGAAAUAAGAAUUGACAGACUUGGAUUUUAUUUUUCGUUUAUUGAAAAUUAUUAAUUUAUUUAAACAAUAUAUAUAUAUAUCUCUGAAUAAGAGAUUUUAUAUUGGUACAUAAACAUGUAUUCAAAAAUUUUAAAGUUUUAGUCCAUUCGCGUUUUGAUAGAUCUGACUGUAACUUUAUCUUUUUCUCUAUAAUUAAAAAUUGAUUGAUAUUUUAGUAUUUUAA